GCCACCCAGUCGCUUCCUGCUUCCGCCUCGGCUCCGGGUCCUCUUCCUGCCGGCGUCCGGGAGCCCGACGUCCCGCGUCCCUCGAGCCCGGAGCCUCCGCGCCCACCGUUUCCCAAGCCCAAUAUCCUGCGCCCCGGAGUGCCCGCGCCUCGGAGCCCGAGCCCCGCCCCGGAGUGCCCGCGCCCGCGCCGCCGCAGCCGGAUCCCCCGCGUCCCUGCGACCUCCCGCGCCUCCCCGCCGCCGCCCCGCGGACAGUACCGCGUUCCUCCGCUCGGCCCGCGCCAUGGCCGCCCCCGAUCUGUCCACCAACCUCCAGGAGGAGGCCACCUGCGCCAUCUGCCUCGACUACUUCACGGACCCGGUGAUGACCGACUGCGGUCACAACUUCUGCCGCGAGUGCAUCCGGCGCUGCUGGGGCCAGCCCGAGGGCCCGUACGCGUGCCCCGAGUGCCGCGAGCUGUCCCCGCAGAGGAACCUGCGGCCCAACCGCCCGCUCGCCAAGAUGGCCGAGAUGGCGCGGCGCCUACAUCCGCCGUCGCCCGUCCCGCAGGGCGUGUGUCCCGCGCACCGCGAGCCCCUGGCCGCCUUCUGCGGGGACGAGCUGCGCCUGCUGUGCGCGGCCUGCGAGCGCUCGGGGGAGCACUGGGCGCACCGCGUGCGGCCGCUGCAGGACGCAGCCGACGACCUCAAGGUGAAGCUGGAGAAGUCGCUGGAGCACCUCCGGAAGCAGAUGCAGGACGCGCUGCUGUUCCAGGCCCAGGCAGAUGAGACCUGUGCCUUGUGGCAGAAGAUGGUGGAAAGCCAGCGGCAGAACGUGCUGGGCGAGUUCGAGCGUCUCCGCCGCUUGCUGGCCGAGGAGGAGCAGCAGCUGCUGCAGAGGCUGGAGGAGGAGGAGCUGGAGGUGCUGCCGCGUCUGCGGGAGGGCGCGGCCCGCCUGGGCCAGCAGAGCGCCCACCUGGCGGAGCUCAUCGCCGAGCUGGAGGGCCGCUGCCGGCUGCCCGCGCUGGGGCUGCUGCAGGACAUCAAGGACGCCCUGCGCAGGGUCCAGGAUGUGAAGCUGCAGCCCCCAGAAGUUGUGCCCAUGGAGCUGAGGACCGUGUGCAGGGUCCCGGGCCUGGUGGAGACACUGCAGAGGUUUCGAGGGGACGUGACCCUGGACCCGGACACCGCCAACCCUGAGCUGAUCCUGUCUGAAGACAGGCGGAGCGUGCAGCGCGGGGACCUGCGCCAGGCCGUGCCCGACAGCCCGGAGCGCUUCGACCCUGGCCCCUGCGUGCUGGGCCGGGAGCGCUUCACCUCAGGCCGCCACUACUGGGAGGUGGAGGUGGGCGACCGCAGCAGCUGGGCCCUGGGCGUGUGCAGGGAGACCGUGAACCGGAAGGAGAAGGGCGAGCUGUCCGCGGGCAACGGCUUCUGGAUCCUGGUGUUCCUGGGCAGCUACUACAACUCCCCCGAACGGGCCUUGGCCCCGCUCCGGGAGCCGCCCAAGCGCGUGGGCAUCUUCCUGGACUAUGAGGCCGGGCGUCUCUCCUUCUACAGCGCCACCGACGGCUCGCUGCUCUUCAUCUUCCCCGAGAUCCCCUUCUCGGGGACGCUGCGGCCGCUCUUCUCGCCCCUGUCCAGCAGCCCGACCCCGAUGACCAUCUGCCGGCCGAAAGGUGGGUCCGGGGACGCCCUGGCUCCCCAGUGACUCCCGGAGGAGCCCUGUCGCCUCUCCUGCCCUCCAGGCCGCGGGGCGCUCUGGCCACUGGGAGGACCUGGGAGGAGGGAGUGUGUCCUUUGAGUACGAGGAGGGACUCCUAGUGCCUUUCCGAGCCUGCGUGGGAGAACCCCCGGAACCCGUGGGAGGUGCGGGCCAGACUCACCCUCCCCGGAAGACCCUUCCCGCCACGGGGUGCCACUUAGUACCGACAGCCCUCACCAAAGCUGGGAACCCAUGGCCGCGGCGGCUCUGGCCUGUGGUUCCAGAAGCUGCAAAAGCUCCCCCAGAGCUUGCAGAAUCCAGGGUCCACCUCAGCUGCACAGUUCUUGCAGCGUGGCCAACCCCCAAAAGUCCUGUGCACCCCACCUCGGAAGAUGCUGGGGGAGGCAGCUGGGAUGGGAGCCGGCCCAUGCCUGUCUGUGGCCCCACAGUGGUUGAGAGCCGGUCAGUCCUGGGUGGGGCUGCUUCAGAACAAUUAGGGGGCAGCCCUAAUAAGAGUCUUCAGAGAGGUGGUGGGAGGAGCCGGUGAGGACGGGAACCGAGAGUAGAUGUCCCAGAAUCGAGGGGCUUCCAGGAGGUGCCCGGGCACAGAUGCCUGUUGAGCCGGCGUGUGGGCCUGGAGGAGAGAGCAGAGCCAGAAACGUCACCUGCAGGCCCACAUGGUGAGUUCAAGCUUUCACGGGCCUGUCGCCGUUGGGUUUUGCCCUUUCAAAGGCUUCCCUUGUCUCCGGUGGCCCCUGAGGACCCAGGGUCCCAGCGGCUGCUUGUGGAUAUACACUUCUGGUCCCCUUACCCUGGGAGGAGCAGGAGGGACCCAGAGUCCGGAGCACACAGAAGCAGCUAGGAGCUGGGUUUUGUGUUGGGUUUGGGUUCUUUGUCCUCGAGGUGCUGCUCUGCCUCUGUUUACCCUCUGCUCUAUUUAUUGUUGGCGUUCCCACGUUCAAUAAACUCUGGCUGUUGUCUACAA